CCAAGGGCAGUGUCGUGCCGGCGAACCCGGCGUACCAGGGCUCGCUGAAGAGCGGCGCCAACUCGUCGCCCUCGUCGUCGUCGCACUCGCUCGGCCGCGCCGGCGGCGCCGGCAGCUCGGGCGAGUCGCGCGGCAGCAGCCUCUCGGGCAGCGGCUCCGGCGGCGUGCCGGACCGCCGCGGCGGCCUGGCCGAUAAGACGGGCCCCGCCCCGCCCAUCGUCGUCGUCUCGUCGGAGAUGCCGCAGGACCCCAUGCCGCAUCCCUCGCUGGGUCCCGGCGGCGUGCCGCUCGGCGGCACCUCGUCGCCGCCGCCCGCCGGCGCCACGGUGCCGACGCUCGGGCUCGGGCCCUCGUCGGGCGCUGGCGCCGGCGCCGGCCUCGCGCCUGGCGACCUGGCCACGCCGCCAAAGGCUGGCGCGCUCAACCGCCUGCGCCAGGGUGCGGGCGGUGCUGGCGGUCCCAAGGACACGAUUCCGAUCACCAGCAAGACGCCGCCGCGGAAACAGCGCAGCAGCCGCUUCCACGUCACGGAGAAGGUGGAGCUGGAGAAGCUGCCCAACUUUGGCGAGGUCGUGCCGGCAGACCGGCCGGAGCUUUUCAUCCGCAAGCUGCGGCAGUGCAGCGUCGUGUUUGACUUCAACGACGCGUCGCAGGAGCUCAAGGGCAAGACGGUCAAGGCGCAGACGCUGCACGAGAUGCUCGAGUACAUCACGAGCCAGCGCGGCGUCAUCACAGAGGCGAUAUACCCAGAGGUGGUGGCCAUGUUCGGCUCAAAUCUGUUCCGCUCCAUUCCGCCACAAGUGAACCCCACGGGCGAUGCCUUCGACCCGGAGGAGGACGAGCCGGUGCUGGAGCUGGCGUGGCCGCACCUGCAGAUCGUGUACGAGUUCUUCCUGCGCUUCGUCGAGAGCCCUGACUUCAACACCAACGUCGCCAAGAAGUUCAUCGACCAGCACUUUGUGCUGCAGCUGCUCGAGCUCUUCGACAGCGAGGACCCGCGCGAGCGCGACUUUCUCAAGACGACGCUGCACCGCAUCUACGGCAAGUUCCUCAACCUGCGUGCCUUCAUCCGGCGCUCCAUCAACAACGUCUUCUUCAUGUUCAUCUACGAGACGGAGCGGCACAACGGCAUUGCCGAGCUGCUCGAGAUUCUCGGCUCCAUCAUCAACGGCUUUGCGCUGCCGCUCAAGGAGGAGCACAAGACGUUCCUCACGCGCGUCCUCAUCCCGCUGCACAAGGUCAAGAGCCUGGCGCUCUACCACCCGCAGCUGGCAUACUGCGUCGUGCAGUUCCUCGAGAAGGACAGCAGUCUGACGGAGGAGGUGCUGCUCGGCCUGCUGCGCUACUGGCCCAAGGUCAACAGCCCCAAGGAGGUCAUGUUCCUCAACGAGGUCGAGGAGAUCCUCGACGUCAUCGAGCCGAGCGAGUUUGUCAAGAUCGAGGUGCCGCUCUUCCAGCAGCUGCAGCGCUGCAUCAACUCGCAGCACUUCCAGGUCGCCGAGCGCGCCCUCUACUUCUGGAACAACGAGUACAUCGUCAACCUCAUCGGCGACAACGUGCAGGUCAUCCUGCCGAUCGUCUUUGCGAGCCUGUACCAGAACUCGAAGAGCCACUGGAACAGGACAAUACACGGCCUGGUGUACAAUGCGCUGAAGCUCUUCAUGGAGAUCAACCCCGCCCUCUUCGACAUGUGCACGAACGACUUCAAGCACCAGCGGCAGGCCGAGCGGCAGAAGCUCAAGGCGCGCGACGAGGCGUGGAAGCGGCUGCGCGAGUCGGCGCUCUCCAACUGCGCGGCGAUGGGCAACACGCCGCCAAAGGCCAUCGUCGAGGACGACCGGGCGCCGCCGCGCUCGAGCGCCUCGGAGCUCAUGAGCCUUUCCGACACGGACUCGGUCGGCUCGGCGGGCGAUCUGGGCGAGAACGAGGAGGGCAGCAGCAGCUUUCUAGAGGGCGUCGGCGAGGGCCUGGGCCAUCGCGGCAACGGCGAAGUGUCGACGACGGAUUUUGAGGACGCCGGGGAGGGCUUUGAUUCGGCUGCCGCAGAGGCCGGACCAACUACGCCGCGGGCCGAUGGCCUCGACGGCAUGAAGCGCUUCCCGGAAACCGCGCGCCAGCAGGUCGGCAAGAAUGCGGAGAGUCCGCAUGUGCGCCGCAAGUCGGUCAUCCCCAUGGACCCGACAGUGCUGAACGAGCUCAACGCACACAAGAGUCUGGACGACACGAUUCCCAAGUCGCCGACACCGCAGUAGAGCGCGCCCUCCGGCACCCUCGGCUGCUUCUCAUCUCUUCGAAUGCCUAGACGCAGGACUUGCGCAGGCAGCUACGCACUGCGCCAUCGCG